AUGAGGAUGGGCUUAAGGCCCCCUGCACGUGCUGCAGCAGCACUGCAGCAGCAAGCUCGCCAGAGCGUACGCAGACACGCCGCAGAGGUCACGGGGAACCAAACUGCAGAAGAUGUUGCACCUGCCUUCGAUUCUCUGGAAAAAGACUUCCUAACCAACGACAACUGUUAUUUAGUCUGGAGACGGCUGCUGGUGUUGCUGGCGCCUUCAAAUUGUAGAGAAAAUUCUGCCGUCGCGCUACUAGUGCUGCUCCAGCAGCAAGCCCACCGCACCGACAAGUUAAGCCAACAGAAGAAGACCGAUAUAUUAAAGGAAAAGAUACUCGUGGACGAGACAGAGCAGCAGACGGCGCUCAGCCUGCGCUGGAAGCAGGCUACGAGUAGCAGCAGCAGCAAACUUGCUUCUGCCUUAGCUACUGUGGAGAGGCGGAAUCACACGAGAAACCCGGAGGCCUCAAGUUGUUUCACUUCAACACCACAUAGCCAGAGACAACUUCGCAAAGACAGCAUGACACCGCCCAACGCAGCAGGUGAAGCAGCAGCAGGAGCUGUAGUGAUCAGUGCGUUGCCGCACUGCUACGCAACUUGA